CUGCCUCUCGCCUUCCCUGCGUCUUCCCUUGCCUUCCCUUCUCUCCCAUACAAGCCAUCUCCUCAUCCACUGUCAUGGCCGACACUACCUUGGUACCCGUGACAUUCAGCUACCGCUCCACCACCGCCAAUACCAUCGAGGUAUCCGGCGAUUGGGACUCGUGGGCUGAGCGCGUAUCCCUCCACAGGGUCGCCUCUUCCGACGUCUGGCAGGCGGAUAAGCCACUCAAGCCAUCGACAAAGUUCGCUUACAAGUACAUCGUCGAUGGACACUGGCAUGCAAAGGACGACCUCCCCACUGAGCAGGACGCCAGUGGUAAUGUCAACAAUGUCAUUGUCAGCCCAGAAGCAAAGCACCCCACAAGCGAUGACCAGAACAAGACGCCAGUUGAAGCUGGUAUUGCCGGUGCCGUCGCCGCGGCAGGUGCAGCCAUUGCCAGCGUGAUCGGUGUGGACCCUCUGGAGGGACAAAAGGAGCCUCUAUCCACCUCUACUGGCCCCACCUCCAGCACCGAGAAGGGCACUCUGGACUCUACCGAGGCUGGAAAGGGCCUGGCCCUAGGUGCUGCAGGUGGGGGCCCCACCGUUGGCGCACCAACUUCCCAGACCACUUCGACUAGCGCUCCAAUGUCGGGGGCUGGAGCAAGCACACAGAGCGGCUCUACUGCCUCGCAAAGCGACUCGACUCCUGAGAAGAUCGCUGCUGGUGUAGGUGCUUUGGGCCUUGGUGGAGCUGCAGCUGCUGUCGCCGGGGAGAAGCAGACAGCUUCAUCUGUCCCAAAGAACGCGCCCGUCACUCAGACGACGAAUGCUCCUGAUGCAUCUUACAAGGACACCUACGCAGCCCCAUCCAGUGUCUCUUCCACUGGCGCGACUUUUGCAGCUCCUGCCUCUACCGCACAGACAUCAAGCGCUGCCCCUGUCACCGCUGCAGGAGUUCAACAGACAACUGCUGCUGGCACUGCCAGUCACAGUACACCGUACGACGCCAAGCCCAUGCCAGAGACCGCUUCCAAGCAGCAGUCGCUCUCUUCGGGCCCAUCUGCCAAGUCUACUACCUCUGCUGAUGCUGCACCCCUGGUCAAUCACCCCACGCCCGUGAACAACGCAUCGGCCACAAGCAAUGGCGCUAAGCCACAGGUCACCAGCCUCUCGGGCGGAGGUGACAGGUCGGGCCUCGGCGCUACAGCCGCUGCCCUGGGCGGAGCUACCCUUGCUGGCGCUGGUGCUGGCGGCGCUGCUGCUGCUGCUAGUAAGCCGUCCACGGCUGCUGCUCAGGCACCCCCGGCAGCCUCGUCUGCGUCUUCUGCAAAUCAGACAACGCCUGCCGUACCCGCCAAGAGCGCAACGAGCGGUGCCAGCUCAUCGGGCGUUGCACCUGCUUUGACCCUCGGCAAGCCCGCCUCCUCUGCCACUCCUCCUGCGACUGCUGCCACCUCGGGCCAGUCUGCACCUGGCACGACAGCGGCCCCCUCCACACAGCAGCCUGCUCCAUCGACUGCUAGGGCCGCUUUCGCAGCACAGUCUGCCCCCGUCGCCAACAAGGCUCCCGCCGCCUCCACAACAGCUCUCCCUACUGAGCAGUCUGCCCCAACCGCCAACAAGGCUCCCGCGGCCUCCACGGCAGCUCCUUCCACUGAGCAGUCUGCCCCAUCGUCUGCCAGGGCUGCUUUUGCGGCUCAGUCUGCCCCGGUUGCCAACAAGGCACCGGCUCCCUCCACGACUCCUCCUCCUACGUCUGCAAAGACUGCUGACAUUCCUGUAGGAGCCAAGCCUGCUCCUGCCACCACUACCCAGGGAGCUGCUGAUUCGACCAAGACUGCACCUUCAACACCGGCCAAGGGCAAGACGGACACGAUUGGGCGAAAAGCUGAGCCAGCAGGAGGAGUUGCCAGUGGAAAGUCUAGCGUGAACAGCACGCCCAACCGUAACGGUGAGCAAGGAUCCCAGACUCCAGGAUCGGCGAAGAAGAAGGGUCUCUUUGGAAAGAUCAAGGAGAAGUUGAGCAGCCCUUCUCAGAGCCCUUCCAAGUGAUGUGGCCAUGAGGGGGCCAGAGGGACGAACUGGUCGUCUAUCUUUCUCUUACUGGAAGAGAUCGAAUCGGCCCACACUCUCUCGUGCUGCUCUUAAGCUCGCGUGCGGUCUUCUGAGGACGGCUCAGAACGUACCAUGCCCAUGCCUAGGGAGAGGCUCCCUGGGCGAUCGGCGUGUGAAAUGGGAAGCCCGCUCUGCUGUUCCGGAAUUACUAUUACCCCUGGCUCGAUCUAUACUACCCGUUUCUUGCGGACAUGUUUCCUCAUCAUCAGUUUCCAUUCCUGCCCCCCCCCCUUCCCCUUCGUUCAACCCCCUUUCCCUACCAAUUUGCUCUUUCUUCACGCACUCGUUUAGGCGCCACAAACCCACCGCCUCCAGUACGAGCUGUUGGAGAGACCUCUCUUCCCACUGCUGCUGCUGCCGCCACUGCCGCUGCCGCUGGCACAUCGUCCUCGACCUCCUCUUCUAUCCCUGAUGCCAAGAAGACGUCGCC